AUGAGUGCGACUGAGACCAUCGUAAAGCCUUCUAAGGCAAAUAUUGCUGUAUUCACAAACCCAGCUCACAAGUUAUGGAUCAACGAAGCAGAACCCACUGUUGAGGAUGUGCAGAAGGGAGAGAGCUUGAAACAUGGAGAGGUCACGAUCGCCAUCAAGAGCACUGGAAUAUGCGGCUCCGACGUUCACUUCUGGCACGCUGGUUGCAUCGGGCCUAUGAUUGUGGAGGAUGAUCACAUCUUAGGGCAUGAAUCGGCCGGACAAGUUAUCGCAGUGCAUCCAUCCGUGACACACCUAAAAGUUGGGGACCGAGUCGCGAUCGAGCCGAAUAUCAUCUGCAACGAAUGCGAGCCCUGCCUGACCGGUCGGUAUAAUGGUUGCGAGAAAGUCCAAUUCCUAUCGACACCCCCGGUACCAGGUCUAUUAAGGAGAUACGUAAACCACCCCGCCAUUUGGUGCCACAAGAUUGGAAACAUGUCAUACGAGAAUGGAGCUAUGUUAGAACCACUAAGUGUCGCCCUUGCGGGUAUGCAAAGAUGCGGAGUUAAGCUUGGUGACCCGGUACUAGUUUGUGGUGCUGGGCCGAUCGGAUUGAUCACGUUACUCUGCUGUCAAGCCGCUGGCGCAUGUCCUUUGGUCAUUACCGAUAUCGAUGAAGGACGAUUAAAAUUCGCCAAGGAACUCUGUCCAUCAGUCAUAACACACAAAGUUGAAAGAUUGAGUGCCGAAGAAUCAGCUAAGAAAAUAGUAGAAUCCUUCGGUGGUAUUGAACCCGCGAUAGCCUUGGAAUGUACUGGGGUUGAAAGCAGCGUGGCAGCAGCUAUCUGGGCUGUUAAAUUCGGAGGCAAGGUAUUCGUAAUUGGUGUUGGAAAGAAUGAGAUCAACUUCCCCUUCAUGAGGUGCAGUACCCGGGAAGUGGAUUUGCAAUUCCAAUACCGAUACAGCAACACAUGGCCUCGAGCUAUUCGCUUGGUCGAGAAUGGUGUGGUGGACCUAACGAAACUCGUUACUCAUCGAUUCAAGCUUGAAGAUGCCAUCGAGGCCUUCAGCACAGCGGCAGAUCCCAAGACUGGAGCUAUCAAAGUCCAAAUCAAGAGCGAAGAUUAA